AAAAAAAAACCCUGUUUGUUUGUUUGUUAAUUUUUUUUUCAUUUAUUUUUGGGCUUUGUAGUUUAAUUUUGAGAUUAAGUUAUUUGCUUGAUGUUGGGAGAUCUAAAGUAAAAAGAAAUUGAGUAGUUUUUCUUGUAAAGUUUGGUGUCCAUAAACAGUUAAGUUUUCUUAGGUAAAGGUUCUGAAUUUGUUUCUACCUGUAUUUCAAGCCUUUUCAAUUAUUUACCCCUUUCUUUAUGGGUAUAAGUAGUUUUGGAGAUGAAUUGUGUAGAGAUUGUAGAUUUGUCUAGUGAUGAUGAACUUGGAGAGGUAGAUAUGAAGCCUGUUAAAUUAGAGCCUGGUGCCGUUGGGAGCACGAUAAAGCAGCAAAAUAACCAUAGAGUCCAACCUGUUGAGCUUCUUAAGUCCAAAAACCAACCUAGAAAACAAGUCUCUGAAGAAAAUAGAAGCUCAAAUAAUGGUCAAAGUAGUACUAGUGUUUUGGAACAAGGCCAGUCUCCAGGGGAUGACACAGGUGUUUCUUCAACGUCAGCUGUAUCACCGGCGCCAAUUUGUCGACAAUUCUGGAAAGCUGGGAGCUAUGAAGGGGGGCUUGGUUCCAAGGUCAUGCUACAAAAUAGCAACAAUUAUCUACAUGUGCACCCCUUGUUUCUUCAUUCAAAUGCCACUUCUCAUAAGUGGGCCUUUGGUGCUAUCGCUGAACUACUUGACAAUGCCAUUGAUGAGAUCCAAAAUGGGGCCACUUUUGUCAUUGUAGAUAAAACAUCAAACCCAAGGGAUGGGAGUGCAGCUUUGUUAAUUCAAGAUGAUGGUGGUGGAAUGGCCCCUGAAGCAAUGCGUCGCUGCAUGAGCUUUGGAUUUUCAGAUAAGAAGUCGAAAUCUGCAAUUGGACAAUAUGGCAAUGGUUUCAAGACUAGUUCUAUGAGACUUGGAGCAGAUGUGAUUGUUUUCAGCCGCCACUUAGACAACAGAUCUUUGACUCAAAGCAUUGGUCUUCUCUCUUAUUCAUUCUUGACAAGAACAGGUCAUGACAGAAUUGUAGUACCUAUGGUGGAUUAUGAGCUUAAUAUGUCAAGUGGCAGGUUGGAUGUGUUGCAUGGUAGAGAACAUUUUGCAUCUAAUCUUUCAAUUUUGUUGCAAUGGUCUCCAUAUUCAACAGAAGCUGAGCUUUUGAAGCAAUUUGAUGACAUUGGUUCUCAUGGCACAAAAAUUAUUAUCUACAAUUUAUGGCUCAAUAAUGAUGGGAGUUCAGAGCUAGACUUUGAUUCUGAUCCAAAGGAUAUUCGCAUUAGUGGAGAAACCAAAAAAGUUGAUACAAUUCCUGCUUGGAAAGCUGUAAAUGAACAACACAUUGCCAGCCGUUAUCAUCAUUCGCUUCGUGUAUAUUUGUCCGUCUUGUACUUGCGAAUUCCUGAAACUUUCAGGAUAAUAUUGCGAGGAGAAAUUGUUGAGCAUCAUAACAUUGCUGAUGAUCUGAAAUAUAUAGAGUAUAUCUUGUAUAAACCUCAAAGCGGUGGAUCUGUAGAGGCUGCAGUUGUAUCUACAAUUGGUUUUCUUAAAGAAGCUCCACAAGUUAAUAUCCACGGUUUUUGUGUCUACCACAAGAACCGUCUAAUUCUGCCAUUUUGGCAGGUUGUUAGCUAUUCAGACAGUCGAGGUAGAGGUGUGGUUGGUGUUUUGGAAGCUAAUUUUGUUGAGCCAACUCAUAACAAACAAGAUUUUGAGAGAACUUCCCUUUUUCAGAAGCUUGAAGGUCGCUUAAAGGAAAUGACGUGGGAAUAUUGGGAUUAUCAUUGUGGACUAAUUGGAUAUCAGGUCAAGAAAAAGUCUCGACCACCAGCAUCUCAUGUUCCGUCUCACUUUACAGGACAGAGCAGUGUGCAACACCCUGUUGGGUUGAAUCAAACUUCCAUGGCUGCUGAUAGAGCAAAAGCAGGGCAUGUAGAUGUUGGUGCGGAGCAAUCAAUCCCCAUCUCUCAUGGAAAAAGCAUGCAAGGACUGCCUAUGAAGAGGAAGGAACCUGGUGAUGUAGCAAAACUUGAAAAAGUGAAACGCCAGGCAGGGAUUUGUGGCAACACAUUUCUACAGCCUGCCAGUCAAGAAACUCUUAACUUGAUGCAAGAAAACAAGAAACUUUCUGCAAAAUGCUUGGAUUAUGAGAAGAGAGUUGAAGAACUGAACUUCAAGGUGGAAGAGCUUAGAAAUGAAGUGGGAGAGGUUCAGCGCGAAUAUGAACGACUGUUGGCAGAACUGAAGUACUUGGAUAUUGUAAAAGAUGAGAAGGAUGUAAAAACGUGAAAUUUUCUUCUCAUUGUUCGAUUCUUUUAUUUGUAAAACAAUGUUGUUGUAUCUCAGUGUAUCCAAUGAUCUCUUUAAGUGUAAUCCUUUUAGAUGGCUGACAUUUGAUGUCA